UAGAGAGCUCAACACGUAUCUCAUCAGAAGCUGGGCGUCCCUUCGAUACUUGGAGGUCUUCUGUGAACAGCAGCAGUAGCUCACUGGAUGUCCCAAGGCGGCUACCUCCUGGUUCUCAGCAUCUAUCGCACAAGCCUAGCGUAGACCAAUUCGAUGCCUUGAUGGAAGACCUUAUGCAGGAGAUUAAAGUCCGACCGACUGUGUCUCGUAAACCUGUACUCCCACCACGCCCACAAGUGUCUGAAACUUCUCAGACAGAAUAUAUCAGGGUUAUUACUCCUCAGCCUCCAGUCACUGUUGCAGAUGAAGACCAAAACACGGAUGCCCUGCCUAUGACACAGCCUAGUAAUGAUGACAGAGUUCUAUGUGUUGCAGAUGACAGGAACCUUACAGCUACUAAGUUGACUCCAAAUCAGGUGCAGCCAUCCAAGGUUGAACGCCGAUCUGCGUCUACGCAAACAUCGGUGUUUCUUACUCCUGAGCAACUACAACAGCUACAACUACAGUUAUUACAGCAACAGCAACAACAACAACAACAAAUGAAAACAGCCGUUCGUCAGUCGCUCGAUGCGGAUUCGUCACCAACACUUACACUUACCUCACAGCCAAAGACAUUGGCUGUACCUCGAAGUGCUGAGGACGGCCGUCGAUCACCAUCUCCUAGACCAGCCCCCCGCCCAGCUCCUCGUCCGGCCCAUACUCUUACCACAGGCUCCACUUCUCGUCAGACUCAGACCUUGACCAAACCUGAACCUACUCACAAAACGGCGAUACACCAAACAGACGCUGUGGAACGCUCGACCUCUCCUAUCCCUUCUCGCUCUACUAUUAAAGCCACUCGCUCUCAUUCGGGCACCUCCAUUCAAACUAAAGCUGAGCUGACUAAGAGCUCUGUUACUUCCACAACACCUCUACCACUCCAACCCAGACCUAUCCGUGCUGCAGCAACUGAUACUGCAGCGGAUAAAAGUCCCAAGGUCGGUUCAGUGACGCCUCCACCACUGAACCAAGACCCCCCGUCGGGAAGAUGGCCUGGUUAUCACGCCCACUGGUUCGGAAACAAAUUCCCCAUUGCAUUCGCCAGUGGGUUCACCAGUGAUGACAAAUCCGCCUCCAUUGAAGCCUCGACUGCUGCUGUUGCUCGUCGAUCGGAUAGUGCGCUAACUAACCCUACAUCUCCACCUGUACUCAAACAACGACCUACUCGCCGCGCGGAUAUGGAAAAUAUUCCAGGCAACGAUGAAAAUAACAGGGAUAAUAGCAAUUCGUCUCACGAGAUCGUCCAAUGCAGAGUGGGUCGCCGCCUAGCUGAAUAUGAUGAUGAAGUCAAGAACAACCGAUUGAGAACCUCAGCUCCAUCUUCAUCUUCGUCUCCAUCUCCGUCUCCGUCUCCAGCUCCGCCUUCGUAUAGGUCUUAUCGACGGACAGAGAAUGAGACUGCUAGCGCGCGCUGAGCGAAGAGGAUUCAUUAGCGGGAGAAUUAAGUCGUCAGAGCGAAGUAAUGGUACUGAGCGUGAUGAUUCAGUUGAUGACUAUCAUUCACGUGAUGAAGGUGUUUCUGAAGACAGUCCUAGCAAUGAGAGGUUUAGGAGAAGCAAUAACGCCAGCGAUAGUAACAACAGCAGCAACAAUGGCAGUAAUAAUCGCAUUAAUAGGAAUAGCAGCAACGACAAUAUCAACUCCAGAGGAAGAGAAAGCAGUAGUGGAAA